GUCCCCAGCUUUCAGAACCCGCACAACGCUCUGAGGCGUCAGCGGGACGCGGCCGGCCACACCGGCUGUCCCUGAGCACGGUGCUUCCCUCAUCCCGGUCCCCUUUUGUCUCUUCGCUCAGGAAAUAACCCUUGGAAGAUGGGAGCCACGAAGAUCUUCAAUCUGCUGCUGGGGUCCCUGCUCCUGGCCGCGGUGCUGGCAGAGAAAGGGGAGGGUCACUCCAGACUCCACACUAGGGUCAGUGGCUCCCGACCUCGAGGCCCCAGGUACGCCGAGGGGACUUUCAUCAGUGACUACAGCAUCGCUAUGGACAAGAUCCGCCAACAAGACUUUGUGAACUGGCUGCUGGCCCAGAAGGGGAAGAAGAAUGACUGGAAGCACAACAUCACCCAGAGGGAGGCCGGGGCCCUGGAGCUGGCCCAUCAAUCUAACAGGAAGGAGGGGGCGGCGAGGGAGCAGCAGGGCUCCCUACCCAAGAACCCCAGUGAUGAAGAUCUGCUAAAGGUUUUACUGAUUCGAGAGCUGCUGGCUUGGAUGGCGGACCAGAUGGAAAUCUGCAGGUUCAGGUGGGGGCGGCGGUCGGCGGCUUUGGGCAUCCUACACAGCGCUCAUAAGCUUGGGCUUCGGGGCCACACAUGGGUUCAGAUCGUCACCCCAGCAAACCCAUAAGCCUCUCUGAACCUCCGUGUUUUCACGAAAAUCAAGGCUUAUUCAGACCACUCCAUGGGACUGUUGUCAGGUUUAAGCGAGAUAAUCCAGGGAGAGAGCCGAGAGCAACCUGUGAGGAAUAGGAGUUCAGUGAUGUUGGCGGCUAUUAUCCGUUCUUGAACUUCUGUCUCCACUGCGUCCAGGUGACAGGCUGCGCUCACCUCCCCGCCCACCCCAUCCUAUUCUCGGCUUUCCCACCGUACCCUUGUCCCAUGGCCCCUUCCCAGUGACGGCGCUGGUAGA